UCCAGCCAUUUUCUUCAACACAUCCUUGAAUACAAUAACUGCUUUCGCAUGACUUCCUUUGGAGCUAAUAUCAUUCGAGAAGGCGGCUUCAUGCCGACUUGCAAGAUACAAGGUCAAAUAUAUCAUUUGCAUGGUUCAAUGGUGCCAACCACACCAGAUGAACCGCAUCAAUUUCUGCAAAUAUAUUUCAUUUCGUCGAUGGUGGAUCAGCUGAACGUGCGGUGCAAUAUACAGGGAGCACAACAGUUAAAGAGACGAAUUAUUGAACAGUUGCAAGCAUUUUUUCACGCUAAUAAUGCUGUGGUUAAUAUGUUCAAAACAGCAUUGGAACGAAUGCCAUCGGAUACGCACAAAUUUGUCAUAAGAGCGGAUUGUACUCCAACAGGUGAACAUGUGCGAAGAUUCAAUGCACCCACCGUUAAUGAUGUUGCUGCAAUUAUUGUUGGCGAUCCAACUAAAUCACGAGACAUUGUCGUUCAGCGAAGAAGCAAUAUCAUGCAUCGUGUAAACGAGACACAUCGUUUGUACGAUGCGUUACAAUAUCCAAUCAUUUAUUGGCAAGGGCAAGACGGAUACGACAUCACGUUGAAGAUGGUCGAUCCAAUUACAGGAGUAUCAACGAAUAAUAAAAAUCUAAGCGCAAUGAAUUACUAUGCGUAUCGUAUGAUGAUUCGUACACAUGAGGAGAAUGUCAUUCUGAAGUGCGGUCGGCUAUUCCAGCAAUUCGCUGUCGACAUGUAUGUCAAAGUCGAGACCGAACGUUUAGCGUUCAUCAGAUUCAAUCAGCCAAAGCUACGAUCUGAGGACUUACUAACCACUGUGUGA